AUGAAUGUCCGAGGCAUCGGCCUCUGUCCCCCGGGCUUGCGGAUCAAACCCAGGCUCCGCGUGCUGUCACUGAGGCAUCCACUCGAGAGCCCCGAGCUGGCGCAAGCUAGUUCCAGUCGCAACUUCCAAACCAGGACUGUCUCAAGGGAUAUUGACACAGCAGCCAAGUUCAUUGGGGCUGGGGCUGCCACGGUUGGAGUGGCUGGCUCUGGAGCUGGGAUGGGGACUGUGUUUGGGAGCCUCAUCAUUGGUUAUGCCAAGAAUCCUUCUCUGAAGCAGCAGCUCUUCUCCUAUGCCAUUCUGGGCUUUGCCCUCUCAGAGGCCAUGGGGCUCUUUUGA